CCGGUUUCCGCCGGAUACGCGGACAACCCGGAAGUUGACGCAGCGCGUUUGCACAUGGCAGCUCUCUGAGAGGAUGCCGCUGGUGGUGUUUUGCGGGCUGCCGUACAGCGGCAAGAGCCGGCGUGCGAAAGAGCUGCGCGGGGCGCUGGCUGCCGAGGGCUGCGCGGUGCACGUGGUGGAUGAUGCGUCGGUGCUGGGCACCGAGGACGCGACCGUGUACGAUGACUCUGCCCGAGAGAAGGCUUUGCGCGGGGCCCUGCGAGCCUCGGUGGAGCGUCGCUUGAGUCGCCACGACGUGGUCAUCCUGGACUCGCUUAACUACAUCAAGGGCUUCCGCUACGAGCUUUACUGUUUGGCGCGGGCGGCGCGCACCCCGCUCUGCUUGGUCUACUGCGUACGGCCCGGCGGUCCGAGCGGGGGAUAUCAGGUGGCGGACGCGGAGGAGAACCCACGCCAAAAUGUCAGUGUGAGUUGGAGGCCGCGCGGUGAGGAGGGCGGGAGACCUCAGGCGGCGGGCAUCGGUGUUCUCAGGGAACCGCAGGCAGCGAGCUCUGUAGUAAAUGGGAGAGCCCAGGCCGAUGCGCCUAAGGAAGUGGAGCCGGAGGAAACCAGGGCAACGGAUUCGCCAACUCUCUUGACUCCGGAAUCCGAGAAAUCUGCAAAGCCUGUGUCCAGUGCCUUUUACCCUCCCCAACUUCUGGAGGCCCUGACCCUGCGCUUUGAGGCUCCCGACUCUCGGAACCGCUGGGACCGGCCUUUGUUCACCGUGGUGGGCUUAGAGGAGCCCUUGCCUCUGGCGAAGAUCCGGGCUGCUCUUUUUGAGAACCGGGCUCCUCCACCCCAUCAGUCUACACAGUCACAGCCCCUAGCCUCCGGGAGCUUUCUGCACCAGUUGGACCAGAUCACGAGUCAGGUUUUGGCGGGACUGAUGGAAGCGCAAAAGACCGCUGUCCCUGGGGACUUGCUCAAGCUUCCUGGAACCACGGAGCACCUGCGGUUUACCCGACCUUUGACUAUGGCUGAAUUGACUCGCCUCCGUCGCCAGUUUAUUUCUUACACUAAAAUGCAUCCCAACAAAGAGAACCUGCCUCAGCUGGCCAACAUGUUUCUUCAGUAUCUGAGCCAGAGCCUGCGCUAACCAAAGGAGCUAGGGGAAAGCCAUCGCUCCUGUCUAACCGCCAGUACACUUUAUUUCUCCGGAAAGAAUAGUUUGAAGAUUUGCAGAGCGUAUUGAUGUAGUACUGUACUAGAGCUAUUCUGCCUGAUUCACUCAAACUUUCCUGACUGCCUCUGUGCCAAGCCUUGAGUUUACAGCACAGGUUGAGAUUAGAGAGAAUGGAGAACUAGCUAGGAGGAUCCUGUCAUAUUUGUUAAGAGGACAGAUCUCAGUGGGGACAGUUGUUUAGAAUUCUACUUGGUACAUCACAUACCAUUGAUUUUCCCCAUCUGAGUUGUGGGAGAGCAGACUGGAUGGGUGAGAAUUGUUUUAAAACGAUCAUGAACAGAAACCGAAGUUGGCACAGUUCUGCAUCUGCACUGACCCUUCUUUCAUACCAUAAACACUUUUUGAGCUAAUAUCACUGGAAGCUUGUCUUUCAUUCUUUCAUUGAUUUCGCUGAAUAGAUGUGGAUUGCCCAUGAUGGUGAUUAUCCAUAAGUCUUGGUGUGGAGCUUGCAAAGAUCCCAGUGGCAAGGUGCAUCCUGAAAUCAUCAAUGAGAGUGGAAACCCCAGCUACAAGUAUUUCUACAUCAG